GUGACAUUGUUUAUUCGAUCUCACUUUUUUACAGUCCAUAGUUGUGAGUUUUGUGGGACAAAUUUUGAAUCCAGACGAGGUCUCUCCAGUCACGCCCGGUAUCAUCUCAGGCAGCUGGGAGUGGCUGUGUCCGACAGCAGUGGAGCUCCUAUAGACCUUCUGUGCCAGCUGAUGAAAGAAAGAGGCGGAACUCUACCCAAGCUCAAAAAACAGGCCAGCCCUGUUAAAAAAUACAAACCCCAGUCCCACAAACUCAAAAAGGAAGCUGGGCCCAAAUUAAAGAUUAAAAUAUCCAACCUUGUAAAGAAAAAAUAUGCUCUUUCCUCAUCUUCCCCCUCUGCUGUCAAAGGAUCAGCAGCGUCUGGCCACUCUUCUUCGCCUUUCGCUGUAGGGAAGCCUCAUAAAGCAUCUUCAAAGAAGAUUUUGGUGUCCACUCCAUCUUCAGCCUUGUCUCCUCUCAAGGCUGUUGAACCCAGGCUCAUUGAUGGCAUCCCACCUAUCUCCCUCUCACUGGCCUCAGCCAAGCCCCUCUGGGCCCCUCAGGAAACAGAUGCUCCUCUCAAUUUAACAACUAUGAUAAAAAAUUCCGCUGCGAGGGAUGACGUUCAUGUGUGUGAAUUAUGUGGAGCCUGGUACGAGACCCGUAAAGGUCUCUCCAGUCACGCACGGGCCCACCUGCGGCAGUUUGGUGUGAAUUUGGAGUCUAAAGGUGCUCCCAUUGAGAUGCUCCAUAAAAUUAUUCAGAGCGAGGAAUUCCAGGAAAAGGCCAGUGCUGGGCAGCUGGAAGGGUCGGACUUUGAGGAUCACACUUCACCCUCCUCGGCUCCUUCCACCUCAUCAUCCAUCAGCAAAAAUCCCUCUCUUACCCCUCUAUCGUUUAAAGGACUGACAUCCAUUCGUCUAACACCUCCCCCAAUCAAAAAGCAGAUUUCUCCUGAUGUUUCAGGGAACUUGCCCCUCAGCAAGAAAGCAGAAUUUAAAUCCCCUCCUUCAGCCAAAAAGAAGAAGAUUUCAUUAGAUGUUUCAGGGAACAUGCCCCUCAGCAGCCAAACAGAAUUGAAAUCACCUCCCUCAACGAAAAAGAAGAAAAUUUCUUCAAAUGUUCCAGGGAUCUUGCUCCUCAUUGGUAAAGGAGAAUUUAAAUCUCUGCCAACCAAAAAACAGAAGAUUUCUGCAGAUGUUUCAGAGGCUUUACCUCUCAUUGAGAAAACAGAAUUGAUAUCACCUCCCUCAGCGAAGAAGCAGAAGAUUUCUCCAGAUGUUUCGGCGGGCUUGCAGCUUGACAAAAAAUCUGUAUUUAAAUCACCCUCUCGAGGCGAGUCAUCUAAAGGUGUCGCCUGUGAAUUCUGUCACGAGAAGUUUAAGAAGAGUCAGAGCUUGGCCAGUCACGCCCGCUAUCACCUGCGCCAGCUGGGCAUCACCGAGUGGUCUGUAAACGGGUCUCCCAUGGCCACUCUGCGAGAGGUGAUGGCCCAACGUGCUGGAUCUCUCAGUUCCCCUGGGCCGCCCUCGCUGACCCCACCGGUAUCCCCCUCUGUACCUCCCUCUGCACCUCCCUCUAUACCCCCUCUCCUCUCAUCCUCUAAACCCAGUACCCAGUCUUCCUCUCCUCCUCCUGUUCCUCACAAAGUUCCAAAGGCCAAGAAAGGCUCCAGGACUGUGUUCCCAAAACCAAAGGACGAACCUGUGGAAGUUGAUAUCUCUAUCAUAGAGUCUCCAAAGCCACAAAGCGCACCCUCCAGCCCUUUAACACCUCCAUCUGAUUCCAACACCGUUAGAUCACCCAUGAUCGCUCCUAAGCCUGAAAAGCAGGAGCCCAAACAGUUUGUAUGCUGUGACUACUGUGGCGAGAUGUUUGAUACUCGUAAAGCCCUGUCCUGUCACGCACGUGGUCACUUACGACAGAUGGGAGCAAGGUGGUCGCUGAAAGUCCCGCCCAUAGAGGCCCUGUAUGAGGUCAUGAAGAGGAAGGACUCUGAACGGGCAUCCCAAAUCAAACCGGAACCUGAUUCAGGGGCGGCAGUGCAGUUGAAAAAAACAGAAUCCUCACCUCACACUUUUACUCUAUCACCUGUGGAAAAAGAGAAACCUGUCUCAGACGACACAACUACAGGCUGUGAUGCCACCUGUGAACUCUGUGGUUUUGAUUUUGAGAAUCGCAAGGCACUGGCCAGCCACGCAAGAGCCCACUUAAGGCAGCAGGGAGUGGAUUGGAAGGUCAUCGGCUCUCCUAUUGAGACCCUGAAGGCCUGGAUGAAAAGUGAGCCGGGGAAGGUAGCAGAGCUCCACAAAAGCUACAUGAGGGGGGACUUGCCUUUUGUUAAGAAGAGCUCCAAAAGAUCCUCCACUCCGUACUCUUCCUCAGACUCUGAGUCUGUCCGUCUUGCUUCUCACAAGGGUUCAUCAGCAGUUCGAGACUCUGCUGGUCAGCCGCAGGUAUACCAGCUUUUCAAAGCAACAGUGGCAACAGCUAGAGAUGGCAAAGCAGGAAUGAGCCACUCCUCCUCCACAUACAAGAAACGGCCUUCAUCAAAUGAACUUUCCUCAGACAGCCUAUUCCAGACUCCCACGGCCCGCAGGGAACUGAAUGUUCGUUUUCCUCGAGGCUGUGAACGGCGUCCUCCGAAGCAUUUAUCCCACUCUGAGAGUGGAUCCAGGGAAACAGAAUCUUCAAAGCCCUCUCGGGCUGGAAACAUUCCAUCCUUGGUGCCUAGACCACCAGAGACCAGCCUAGUAAAGCUGGUUGGGAAGGUGUACUCCCUCAAGUGCAGGUUCUGUGAGGAGGUUUUCCAAGGGCCGCUGUCCAUACAGGAGGAUUGGGUCAUGCACCUACAGCAACACAUCCUGAAGCUUAAGAAGGAUUCGGCCUCAACCUCAUCACCUCAGCCUCCUCUCAGUCAUACCGAAGCGCCGCUUCUCAUCGGCCCUCAGGCUGUCUAGAUACUCUUUCUGCUGUGGUCUUUAUUUUCAUCAUUUUGAAAUUCUGCAAUCACACUACACUGACUCUUUUAUUACAAAUAUUGCUCUAUUACCUGGACCUUAACUGCCAACUGUGAUGUGGAUUUUAUUUUUUCUAUUUAGAUGAACAUUUUUGCAAGACACUACUGAAAAAGAUAAUGACCACAGCGUUUCUUACAUGUCAAAGUGUUUUCCAGAUGGGAUGUUUUGAAUGUAUUGUACUUUUUAUUGCAUUUCACUGUUUUUAUUGUAUUUCGAUAAUGUGUUGGCACAUUUUGUUUUCUUGAUUAACAAGAUUUCAAACCUGUUUUAUACUGUACUUAAAGUUUCCAAAAGUACUUAAUGUGUUAAGUUUUAAAAAAUGUUUUGUGAAAGAAACAGUGUAGACCAGCUUUUGGUCAUUGAAAUGAAGUUGUUGUUCUUACCUUUUAAUAUAGUAUUUUAAAAACCGCUUCUCACAUGUGUGAACAAUCAGAUUUUUCGAUGCCAAAAAAAUUGAAGAUUUCAUUCAUAUGUAUUAAUAAACAUUUUCAGGUGUUUUUUUUGUUUUUUUUGUCAAAUUUAAGCAGAAACCAGCACUACAGUAAAGCCAGGCCAUUUCUAGUUAUUUCAGCAUUAAAUGAGACUUUAAUAUGUCUUUGUUAAUAUGUUUUUAUAACUGUAUUUUUGAUGAUCAGUUUGUUUUUUUCUAUAUAUUUUCCAUAGUACCCGUUAAAUUAGUCAACAGUGUGAUUCUAUUACAUGUACUUGUGUAUUUGUCUUCUUUGUAAAGCACUGUGUGUCUGGUUGGAGUAAAGGGUGUUUUAUACUCCGACAGCAUGCUAUUAAAUACCUUUCCAGAAUGUGUGUGGAAAUUGCAUAUUUCCAUAUACAUUGUUUCUUGUGUGAUAUAUGAUGUUUUGUUUCACCAUUUUCUUAGUCAGGCUUUGCAAGAUUUUAAAUCAAUUGAAACUGUCAAUGACAAGCUGUAGUCCUUGCUUAAUAAUUUGGUAAAAUACAGUAUUGAAGCUUUUUAUACCUGCAUUUGAUUAAUAACAAAUUAAUAAAGACACUUUGAAUCCA